AUGAGACUUGUCAACUCUGGCUCUAAUCCUGGGCGAAAGCCUCGAAACCAUCGGAGAAAUCUUACAUCCCUUCAAGAGCUAGGAAUAAAGGCGCCAUUCAAACAGUCAGAUCGGAGGAAGAAACGACCCUUCUCCAACCAAGACGAUCGUGAAAUUAGGGAAGGUUAUAAUAUUUAUGGGCCUGCGUGGACAAGGAUACAGAGAGAUCCUCAAUUCAACCUUCAGGACCGACAGCCUACUGAUCUUAGAGACCGCCUCAGGAAUAAGCAUCCUGAACUGUUUAGAUCCGGGGAGGACGACACUACUCGGACAGCAUCACAGUCUCAGAGCAAGCCUACACAGGUUGAGGACCUGUCUAACACAUCCAAUCACGCCACAAUCGAUUCAACUACAUUUGCUUUGAAUCAUGAGAUAUUAAAGCCUACCGCAGAACCUACGGACAGCUUGUCAUUCUCACAGUCUUUUGAUUGGCCUCCGCCCCCAUUCCCUUAUAUUGGAGAGAUGGACAUCUCUCGAUUACUGGAAGACCAAAACCAAUGGACGCCGUGA